UUGAUUAACAUGAUGGUUGAUGAUGCGGAAACUAAUACAUCACUCAGUCUAUGAGUGAGUCACAAAUUGGGUCCAUCCAAAUUCUUGCCUAACUAUUUAAUUUUACAUUUGUUUAAUAGAAGACCUCCUACAAAAACAGCUUUUCUAUGAUGGAUCUGAGGAAGAAGAGGAUAACACCAUGCUUGAAAAGGGAGAAAUAGAUGAAGCCGGAUCUGCAGAGAAGACUAAAUCGAAGUUCCCAAAAACAAUGAUACCUAUGGAGGACAUACUUGGGAUGUGGAAACCGUGGAUUUGGCUGUCAACGAUCCGGGUUUGGACUCGGGCUUGGACCCACUAGUUUGGAUCAGAAGACGUCCUGAAGAAGUUCAGUCCACUAUGCGGUUGAUACUAGAGAAAAUUGAAGAUUUGAUUGAGGAGGAGAGCAUGGUCAAUCAGUAUGGCGUUAGGAUUUACUUUCUAGGCAGUCUUAAACUUUUGAGCAAGCCGGUAAGGUUGGCUGCAGAGAGGGCCGUAGUUGCUACUUCUAGGAAUUCAAAAGCUGUGCUGUCAAUUUGUCUUGCCUACACUUCCUCAGAUGAAAUUUUGCAUGCUGUUCAAGAGUGUUGUGAAGAAAAAUGGGAUGAAGGAAGUGCAUUGGAGUCAAAAGGAGCUGGAAAUGGUUUACUUUUUCUGAAAGGAAACAAGAAUGACAAGAGCAAGCCUUCAAUCGUAGUCAAGGAUUUAGAGAAAAAUAUAUAUGCUGCGGUUGCACCUGAUCCUGAUAUAAUUAUACAGACUUCAGGUGAGACUCGAUUGAGUAACUUUCUUUUGUGGCAGAGCGCUAACUGUCUUUUAUAUGCAUUUGGUUUGGGCAAUCUUGGUUUUUCAAAGAAAUUUCGCUUAUUUGAAGGAGAAAACUAA